AUGAAGCCACCUGUGCUAACCGCUCUUAUUCAUGGCCGCCCACUAAUCCUCUAUAUCUCCGCCCAAGAUAGUUCUGUGGGCGCCUUGCUUGCUCAGGAAAACGACAAGGGGAAAGAGAAUGCCCUCUACUAUCUUAGUAGAAUGAUGACCCCGGACGAGUUAAAGUACUCCCCAAUUGAAAAGCUAUGUUUGGCACUGGUAUUCGCCAUCAAAAAACUUAAGCACUACUUUGAGGCUCAUACCAUCCGGCUUGUUUCCAAAGCGAACCCGGUGAAGUAUGUUAUGGUGAAGGUCGUGCUCUCCAACCGCCUUGCAAGGUGGUACUUAUUGUUUCAACAAUUUGAAAUCAUCUAUGUGCCGCAGAAGUCUGUCAAGGGGCAAGCCUUAGCCGAUUUCCUAGAAGAUCACCCAAUAACUGCUGAAUGGGAGCUGCCUGAUGAAGAUGUGCUUGUUAGUGAAGUCCCACCCCCAUGGAAAAUGUACUUUGAUGGAGCUUCGCAUAGAGAAGGGGCAGGUGCUGGAGUUGUCUUCGUCACUCCAGAAGGCGAGGUGUUGCCAUAUUCAUUCACCUUGACCGAGAAAUGUUCAAACAACGUUGCUGAGUACCAAGCAUUGAUACUUGGGCUCGAAAUAGCGGCUGACAUGAAGCAACUGAGAAUUAACAUUUAUGGAGAUUCAAAGUUGAUCAUAAACCAAGUGUUGGGUCUAUAUGAAGUGAAAAAGGCGAAGUUAGUCCCAUAUAACAACUAUGCAAAGAUACUCAUGCAAUGGUUAGGGGACGUCACAAUUGAACACGUACCGAGGAAAGAAAACAAGCAUGCUGACGCCUUAGUCGCAUUGGCUUCAACUAUUGCUCAUCCUGCAGCCCGAGUACAAGUAUGUCAAAGGUGGGUAGUUCCGCCAAUCUUCAAUGAAGAUGGCUCAGUUGAUGAAAUUGUUGAACUCCCUACUGCCUCAGUUUAUGAUAUAGGCAAAGACGACUGGAGGCAACCACUGGUUGACUACCUCACUGAUGGAAAGUUACCCGAAGAUCCGUGUAAGAGGGUGGAUAUAAAGCGUCGAGUUCCUCGCUUCAUCUACUAUAAAGAGACGUUGUAUCGUCGUUCAUUCGAGGGAGUCUUUCUCCGAUGUCUAGGGGAAGAGGAAGUUUUACAAGCUAUGCAAGAAGCUCAUUCUGGGGUUUGCGGUGCACAUCAAUCCGGUCCCAAGUUACAUUUCCAUAUUAAGCGAAUGGGCUAUUAUUGGCCUACAAUGGUAAAGGAUUGCAUAGACUACGCUCGAAGGUGUCAAGCUUGUCAAUAUCAUGCAAACUUUAUCCAUCAACCACCAGAACCUCUACACUCAACAGUUGCAUCUUGGCCAUUUGAUGCUUGGGGACUUGAUGUGGUUGGCCCAAUUACACCUAAGUCAUCUGCAGGGCAUGCAUACAUAUUAGCUUCCACCGACUACUUUUCAAAGUGGGCGGAAGCUGUGGCAUUGAAGGAGGUGAAGAAAGAAAAUGUUGCAGACUUUCUUCGUGUCCACAUUGUCUAUCGAUUUGGUAUCCCGCGAUAUAUCUUAACAGAUAACGGGAAGCCCUUUGACAACAAGUUGAUGGACAAGAUCUGCAAGUUUUUUGACUUUAAGCAGCGAAACUCAUCAGCUUACUAUGCAGCUGCUAAUGGCCUUGCUGAAGCUUUUAACAAGACCCUAUACAAUUUGUUGAAGAAAGUGGUCUCAAAAUCGAAAAGGGACUGGCAUGACAGAAUGGAAGAAGCCUUGUGGGCGUAUAGAACAACAUACCGCACACCUACUCAAAGCACUCCAUACUCUUUGGUGUCUGGUGUAGAAGCGGUCCUGCCUCUAGAGCGCCAAAUACCUUCCUUAAGGUUAGCUAUACAGGAGGGCCUUACUGAUGAAGAAAAUGCUAAGUUACGCCCGGCUGAGUUAGAAGCCUUGGAUGAAAAACGUCUGCAAGCGCAACAAAGCUUGGAGUGCUAUCAAGCUCGCAUGUCAAGAGCUUUUAACAAAAGGGUAAGUCCUAGCUUUUCAUAG